AUGAGUCUGCCACAGGUGGGACACCUCGACCCCUACUUCCUCGAGCUCAUGGAAGACAUCAAAAGCCUCCUCCGUUAUUCCUUCCAGACGACAAACGACUUCACGAUUCCAGUAUCCGGAACAGGAUCAGCUGCGAUGGAGGCUUGUGUCUGCAACCUCAUUGAGCCUGGCGACGUUUUUCUUGUGGGCUGCAAUGGAUACUUUGGCUAUCGCUUGGUAGAGAUGGGCAAACGAUAUGGUGCGGUCACGCAGGCAAUGGUAAAGCCAUGGGGAGAGGUCUUUAGCUAUGAGGAAGUGAAGGCUGCAGUUGAGAAGCACAAGCCGGCUGUUCUCGCUUUGAUUCAUGCUGAGACGUCCACUGGAGCUUGUCAACCUUUCGAAGGAAUUGGCGAACUAUGCAGGAAGCACAAUUGUUUGCUCAUUGCAGACUGCGUGACAUCCAUCAGUGGCGUUCCUCUCUUCCUUGACAAAUGGGGAAUCGAUGCUGCGUAUGCGGGCACACAGAAAGCCUUGAGCUGUCCUCCAGGAGUUGCUCCAUUAAGUUUCAACAAGCGAGCAAUGCAGAAGCUCAUGAGCAGAAAGACCGCAGUGGCAAACUGGUACCUCGACAUGCGAAUGAUCGCAGCUUACCUCACAGAGGGAGGAGGAGGAGCUCGCUCCUAUCAUCACACGGCUCCAAUCUCCAUGUGUUAUGCUCUUCGUGAAGCCCUUGAGAUCGUAAGGGAAGAAGGACUAGAGAGUCGUUGGAGACGCCACCAGCAGGUAGCAGAAGGUUUCUGGAAGGAACUGGAGGCGAUGGGCUUGGAGCUCCUGGUUGACCACAAGCACCGGUUGCCAACACUGACAACCAUUAAAGUACCAGCGGGCGUUGACCCAAAGCAGGUCACCAGCUACAUCCUCUCAAAGUAUCAGAUUGAAAUCGGAAACGGGCUCGGAGAGCUCGCAGGAAAGUGUUUCCGAGUUGGUCUGAUGGGCGUGAACGCUCGCAGUGACAUUGUCUUGACGAUCCUGGCCGCGCUCCGAGAUGCUCUGGAGCAGCAAGGGUACCAACUCAAGCCAAAGCAGAAGAUGAGAGCUGCGUUAUGA